GCUGCACCGGCCAGCAGCGACCAGUCAAGAGCCUCAACUCCGCGAGCGCCGAGCAACAGCAGAACAGAUGUCCUGACAGCGGGCCCCGGGCCAGCAGGAUGCCGACAGACGACGACUAUGGCCGAAGAGAACGUCUCCUGUUGCACCAGCACCCCCCGAACGGCGCCAGUAGCGGCCAAUACGGCCAACAGCAGUCACGCCCGGCAUCAUCACCGGGAAGCGGCCCGCCAAUCGGCCCCUCGGAUUGUUACCACAAGCACCACCACCACCACCAUCACCACCUCCACCACACCGAACAGUCACAACCACCGAGCCAACAGCAUGACUACGGACGCCAACUCCUCGCCGAGCACUACCACGGCUACCAGCCCCAAAAACCCCCGGCCUCCGCAACCGGCAUCAACGCCAACAACGGUGGCACCGCCAACAGCUCCGAGUACGCCAACAUCAGCAGCCCUGGCUCCUCGACCUCGCCACCAACGACCGGCAGCCACAACACCACCACCACCACCACCACCACGACCGGCAAUCCCUUCUCGGCCGAGACAUUUCCGUCGCCACCCUCGCCGGCCCCAGCUUCCGACCGGUUCGUACCCCCGCCACCCCUGUCGCCCGGCUCGGCCGACAAGUACGCCUCCUCCCAGUCUCUGGCUGGCUACCACGCUGCUGAUCGCCUGCUGGCUGCCACCGCGGCCACCCGCGAACUCUACGCCACCCAGUCCAACAAGGACCCCCAGCGCGGCAAUGCCUCCGGGUCCUCCUCGUCCUCCUCGUCGUGCUCGUCCACGUCGUCGUCAUCCUCGUCAACCGUCGGCGGCACCAACUCCUCGGCCUCGCCUGGGCUGCGUUUCUCGAGCGAGCGCCUCCUCGCCAACUCCUCGCCCACUCCGGGAGGUGCUACCUCGGGUGGUAAAAUCGUGGGGUUCAAGGAUGGCUCGUCGCCCCUCCACGAGGCCUCAUCGGUGCGCUACGGCCACCACCACGUGCACCAGAAGCACGACAGAUACGGGUGCGCUGAGGUGUCGCACCAGCAGCAGCAGCAGCAGCAGAGGUACUCGUCGAGCGAGAGGAUACUCGGGCUGCCGAUCGGUGAGCCGGUCCAUCAGGGGAGNUUUAAAAAUAUAUAUUUGUAUUUAAAAUUUUUCAUUUAUUCAUUACGACUUUACUCACCCAGCUUGGGCUAUCGCAAUAGUAAUUUUAAGAACGAUGGCUCGUCGCCCCUCCACGAGGCCUCAUCGGUGCGCUACGGCCACCACCACGUGCACCAGAAGCACGACAGAUACGGGUGCGCUGAGGUGUCGCACCAGCAGCAGCAGCAGCAGCAGAGGUACUCGUCGAGCGAGAGGAUACUCGGGCUGCCGAUCGGUGAGCCGGUCCAUCAGGGGAGGCGCUACUCGACGGAUCAUCCCAAGUACGGGGCGGAUCAUCAGGAUUACGCGUCGAGGGGCUUGCAGAUUUAUCAGGAGGCGCAGAGGUACGCGAGCGAUAGGUUCGGCGAGCUCACGCUGCAGAGGUACGCGGCGAGCGUUCAGAGCAGGUACGGGGGCAACGAGAGGUACUUGGCUGCGGCUGCUGUCGGGGAUGGAAGACCUGCGGCGGAAAGGUACGCGUGCAACUCGUCGACGGAGCGCCUGCUAGCCUCCUCGUCGUCUCCGUCGCUCACCGAGACGCCAAGCGCGACGAUAGCGCGAAACUCCCAACAACCGCAGCAGCAACAACAAAUUUUCAACCCUUCCGGGAUCGGCAGCAACAACCAGCCAACCCCAAGCUCGGCCGAGUCGAGCGGACGCUUCGGCGCUUUCUCGCCCACCCCGAGCGACCUACUGUCCGCCAAUCCGUCCGGCCAGCAGCACAAGGUCAGCUGCCACCUGCAGCAGUCUUCCAAGAACCAGCAGCAGCUGGCGAAACCGACGAUCGGCCAAAGCUACGGGCCGACCGGCAGCUACGACCACUUGGCCAUUACCUCCUCCACCGGACAACAACAGCAGCAACAGGUGGCGGCCUCGAGUAGUUACGGCCUCGACAGGUUCGCCUGCGCCGAGCGUUACCACUGCGCCACGAGCGAGCGCUACUCCCCCGCCCGGCUGGCCGUCGACAAGUACCUCUCCCUACCCAAGCCCAAGGACCGUUACGCCAGGGCCUCGAGCUCCUGCGCCCCCAACGUAGCCUCCAACGCCUCGGAGCGCAGCUACCUCUCUUCGAGCGGCACCUACGUGCCCCCUGCGGCCCACACGCCCGUCGAAAGGUACGUGCCGCAGCCGCCCCCGGAGGUGCUCUACCCGGAGCGCUACGCCGAGCGCUACGUGCCCCCGAGUGCCCAUACCCCGGCCGAGCGCUACGUACCCGCGAGCGAGCCGACCGGCGUCGUCGACUCGUACCCUCGCUUCGGCCAAUCGCAACAACAGCAGCAAUACAGGCCCAGUGGUAGUAGUAGCAGCAGCAGCGUGACCAGUAGCACCGGGGCGACGAGCGCGUACGGCUCGUACACGGGGGGUGCGGCGCAUUUCCGGCUGCGGGGCUUCAGUUACCAGUCGCCGGGUCGUUUGGGUGGUAGCCCAAGCUCGAGUAGCUCGAGCAGCUCGACGGCGAGUCAGAGGGACACGGGCGCCGGGGCGUACUCGACCUCGCCCCUGCUCAGGACGAAGGCGUCACGGGCGGCCGAGGGGGGGUUUGGGCCCACGGCCUGCUGCGUCGACGCGUGCUCGGCAGGACACGGGAGGACGGGGUGUUGUCAGAGGCGCUCGGUGCCGCCUGGCGCCCUGCCCACCGUGCCCCAACAACCACCCGGACAAUCAUCCUGGCAACCGUCGCCGAACUCCGCGACGACCAACAGCUCGACGGUCUCGACGAGCUGCACCGACAACGAGAGCACAGCCGCCCAGAGCAUCGCCGGCCUUUACUCUGCCAACCAGCAGCAACAAUCCCAACAACAGCAGCAGCAACAGGCAUCGACGGAAUCGACAUCCACGACGCCAACGGCAAGCAACAGCACGGCUUCGACGACCAUCGUUUGCGCCGCGAGUUCGCCGCCCAACAUCACGAGGAGCGUGUCCGCGCCAACCGGUCCAAGACCCCAGCAGCAGCCGUCCAGUUGCAGCACUGGUGCGGCCGGUACCAACACCGCCACUGGACAGAGGCCCAAGCUCAGGCGGAAUCAGAGCCGCACCGAGGCCAUCAAAAAGUAG